AUGAUAAGCAUCUUCCAUUUUGUCAUUAUCUUCAUGUUAAUACUUGAGAUUAGAAUACAAUUAUCUGAUGAAAGUGAAUUUUUAGUUGACAGGUCAAAAAAAGGUCUCAUCCAUGUUCCCAAAGAUCUAUCACUGAAAACAACAAUCUUGAAUAUAUCACACAAUUACAUAUCUGAGAUUCAGACUUCUGACAUCUUAUCACUGUCAAAGCUGAGGAUUUUGAUAAUUUCUCAUAAUAGAAUCCAGCAUCUUGUUAUCAGUGUUUUCAAAUUCAGCCAGGAAUUAGAGUACUUGGAUUUGUCCCACAACAAGUUGGGGAAGAUUUCUUGUCAUCUUACUGUGAACCUCAAGCACUUAGACUUGUCAUUUAAUGCAUUUGAUGCCCUGCCCAUAUGCAAAGAGUUUGGCGACAUGUCUCAACUAAAAUUUCUGGGGUUGAGUGCUACACAGUUAGAAAAAUCUAGAGUGCUGCCAAUUGCUCACUUGAAUAUCAGUAAGAUUUUACUGGUGUUAGGAGAGCCUUUUGGGGAGAAAGAAGACCCUGAGAGCCUUCAAGACUUCAACACAGAAAGUCUGCACAUUGUUUUCCCCAUGAAAAAGGAAUUCCAUUUUAUUUUGGAUGGGUCAUUCAGUACUGUAAUGAAUCUGGAACUAUCUAAUAUCAAAUGUGUGCUAGAUGAUAAUGCAUGUUCUUGUUUCCUAAAUAUUCUAGCAGAACUUCAAACAAAUCCAAGGUUAUCAAAUCUUACUUUAAACAACAUCGAAACAACUUGGAAUUCUUUCAUUAGAAUCCUCCAGAUGGUUUGGCAUACAACCAUAGAGUAUUUCUUAAUUUCAAAUGUGAAAGUAGAGGGUCAAUUGGACUUCAGAGAUUUUAAUUAUUCUGGCACUUCCCUGAAGGUCUUAUCUGUACACCAAGUUGUCACUCAUGUAUUCAGUUUUCCACAAAGUGCUAUCUACAAAAUCUUUUCAAAUAUGAACAUCCAAAAUUUGACAGUGUCUGGUACACCCAUGAUGCAUAUGCUUUGCCCAUCCCAAAUUAGCCCAUUCCUAUAUUUGGAUUUUUCCAAUAAUCUCUUAACAGACAUGGUUUUUGAAAAUUGUGGAAGCUUGACUGUGCUAGAGACACUUAUCUUACAAAAGAAUCAAUUAAAAGAACUUGCAAAAAUAGUUCAUAUGACCAAAGAGAUGAAGUCUCUACAACAAUUGGAUAUUAGCCAGAAUUCUCUAAGGUAUGAUGAAAAUGAAGGAAAUUGCUCUUGGACUAAAAGUUUAUUAAGCUUAAAUUUGCCUUCAAAUAUACUUACUGACUCCGUUUUCAGAUGUUUACCUCCCAGGAUCAAGGUACUUGAUCUUCACAGUAACAGAAUAGAGAGCAUCCCUAAAGAUGUCACCUCUCUGGAAGCUUUGCAAGAACUCAAUGUUGCUCUCAAUUCUUUAACCGACCUUCCUGGAUGCGGCGCCUUUAGCAGUCUUUCUGUACUGAUCAUUGACCGUAAUUCGGUUUCCCAGCCAUCAGCUGAUUUCUUCCAGAGCUGCCAGAAGAUUAGGUCAAUAAAAGCAGGGAAUAACCCAUUCCAAUGUACCUGCGAGCUAAGAGAAUUUGUCAAAAAUAUAGGCCAAGUAUCAAGUGAAGUGGUAGAGGGCUGGCCUGAUUCUUAUAAGUGUGACUACCCAGAAAGCUAUAAAGGAACCCCUCUAAAAGACUUUCACAUGUCUGCAUUAUCCUGCAACACAGCUCUGCUGAUGGUCACCAUUGGGGCCAUCACGCUGGUGUUGGCUGUUACCGUGACCUUCCUCUGCAUCUACCUGGAUCUGCCCUGGUAUCUCAGGAUGGUGUGCCAGUGGACCCAGACCCGGCACAGGGCUAGGAACAUACCGUUAGAGGAACUCCAAAGAACUCUCCAGUUCCAUGCUUUUAUUUCUUACAGUGAACAUGAUUCUGCCUGGGUGAAGAACGAAUUGGUGCCUUGCCUAGAAAAAGAAGACAUACGGAUUUGCCUCCAUGAGAGAAACUUUGUUGCUGGCAAGAGCAUUGUGGAAAAUAUCAUAAACUGCAUUGAGAAGAGUUACAAGUCCAUCUUUGUUUUGUCUCCGCACUUUGUCCAGAGUGAAUGGUGCCAUUAUGAACUCUACUUUGCCCACCACAAUCUCUUCCGCGAAGGAUCUGAUAACUUAAUCCUGAUCUUGCUGGAGCCCAUUCCACAGAACAUCAUCCCCAGCAAGUAUCACAAGCUGAAGGCUCUUAUGACGCAAUGGACUUAUUUGGAAUGGCCCAAGGAGAAGAGCAAACGAGGACUUUUUUGGGCUAACCUAAGAGCAGCCAUUAAUAUUAAGUUGGAGCAAGCAAAAGAAAUAAGUCACAUGCAGAGCUAA